AUGGUUGCGUCGGCCACGUCCCUCUCCGCUAUGCUGGCCACGGCCGCGCUCGCAGCGACUAUCAACGCCCACGGGUACAUGUCCGAUCCUGCCGUGAAGUUCCUGACCACGGGCGACCCGACGCAAUUCAUCGCCACCAUCGAGGCAUCCGCUUCGGGUUUCAGCGGGACUUUCAACGGCGCCCCGGCCGACAACACGGCCGCCUUCACCACGGCCUUCGAGUCCAGCAGCUACUCGUCCCUCAAGGAGCUCAUCAACGACAAGGCCACUAUCACGGUCACGGACGCCACACUCACCUGCGGCAUGUGCGACCCGGACGAGACCGCCCAACCUCUUCCGGACACCUACGUGGAGUGGGCGCACUCCGACUCGGAGGGCUUCACGGCCUCGCACGAAGGCCCCUGCGAGGUGUGGUGCGACGAUGUGCGAGUGUUCCAAGACGACGACUGUGCUGCCGACUAUACUUCGGCCCCGGCCGAGCUGCCGUACGACCGCGACGCUUGCCUCGGCAGCAGCACGCUGACGUUCUACUGGUUGGCGCUGCACUCGUCGACGUGGCAGGUGUACGUGAACUGCGCACCUUUGGAGGCGACGACGUCCACGGGCGCGACGUCCAAGUACGCGGCGGGGACCAGCUCAGGAACCAGCACUAGCACAGCUGCUACGUCCACGGUGUCGUCGGCUGCUGGGUCCUCCGCUGCGUCCAACUCGACUUCGUACGAUUUCCAGACCAACUACGCGACGUCCACCUCGGCCUCGACAUCGGCGGACUCGACGACGUCCACUGAUGCUCCUGCCUCGGCGACGGAGACGACGGAUGCUCCUGCCACCACAUCAACGACGACUGCCCCCGCUGCUAUAACUGCCACUCCUUCAACCGCUACUAGCACUGGUACGACGAAGUGCUCGGUGCGUCGCCGCAACUAA